UCACACAAAUGUCAAAUUGGAAAAAACCAAAAUAUUUUUUCCUGAAUCUCAAUGCAAUAAAUAAACUUAAAACUUUACUUCGUCUGUGCGUUUGUGUCUAACAAAAAAUAUGUUGUUUUCAAAGUUUACUUAAGCAAAGUAAGAGACGACGACAAAACUUCCCCUAAAAUGCUAAUCAGUAGCCAUUAUAUUCUCGUAUCAACUCUACUAGCCAAUUUCUAUGGAACCUUUUCAUACCAAAUUGUUCGCCCUCAGGACUAUCUAUGUGCGGAUAAAAUCUUAAUUCUGCUUCAAAAACCCUUCAAAGGUGACCCUCAAAUAACUCUGGGCGAUGACCGAGACUCAGCUGCGAUAAUAACCCAAGUGUGGAACUCAACGUCCCAUCGUAAGCUCAAAUAUGACUGUCGUUUCCGAAUCAUGACCAAGGAACGACCAAAACGCGGUCUCUACACGGUGAUAACUAAGCUCAAGUUCCGGCAGGAUCCGGUCACGAACGCAUGCAUCGAUUACAUUCAGUUUAGUAACGGUGCACGCUGGCCCUCGGACAAGAUAUGCAACGACAUCAGUCCCGACGGCCCGAAAGGACGUCUCAUUUUCGACGAGCGAGAUUCCGAUGUCAGCGUGCACGUGUUCAUCAAUAAAACUCUACCAAUCUUUGAGCCCCUAGAACUGAGCAUGGUCAUCACAUCGCACUCGGACUGCAAGUUCUCAGGAGAUCUCUUAUGCGAUCCCAAAAAACCCGACUCGUGCAUCUCGCGAUUCUUUGUCCGCGACAACAUCACCAACUGCAUGUAUCCGUGCAAGGAUGAAAACAGUUGCUUCCACGAUGCGAUCACCGCCGAAGUGGUGGACACGGCGAAUGUAGCCAUCAGUGCUAUAACUUCUCUAAUCUUCACCAUGACCGGAGUGGGUUUCUGCAUUUGGGUUUGCUGGAAAUAUUGGAACUGCAUUACAUUGCAACAACAGCAGGCGCACGAAGAUGCGCAGAGCAAUCAUCCUAGGGACGUUCCCACAAUUGAACUGCCCCAAACUCCGAACGAAGGAUUCAUCACAUCCGUUGAAGAUCCUGAUCAUCCGUUGCCCCCAACUCCAAAAGAUCUACCCCCAAGCUACGAAUCUCUAUUUCCCGACAGAUAAAACUAAUCGAAUAAUUUUUGAAAAAUUUGCCAAAAACAAAAAUAUACUACUGUACAUCAUACACACACUCAAACAUACACACAGAGUUCGGACAAGAGUGCUUUAUUAUAUCGCUCCCUUUAAUAUUUUUGUGUUUUCAAUUAAUAAUUGUUUAAUAUUUUUUGUUUUAAUAUUUUUGUCAAAAA